GUAAAGAUGCCGGAGCCAGCCAAGUCGGUGCCCGUUUCUAAGAAAGGAUCCAAGAAAGCUGUGACAAAGACGCACAAAAAAGGCGAUAAGAAACGCAAGAAGGUCAGAAAAGAGAGCUAUUCAAUCUACGUGUACAAAGUACUGAAACAAGUCCAUCCAGAUACUGGGAUUUCCUCUAAAGCCAUGAGUAUCAUGAAUUCUUUCGUGAAUGAUGUUUUCGAGCGUAUCGCUGGUGAAGCCACCCGGUUGGCUCAUUACAACAAACGUUCCACGAUCACCUCUCGGGAGAUUCAAACGGCUGUACGGCUCUUGUUGCCAGGAGAGCUGGCUAAACAUGCUGUGUCCGAGGGCACCAAGGCAGUCACCAAAUACACCAGCUCCAAGUAAAUGCAGCACCCUUUGAU